AUGCAGAAACGUGGCCAGAGUUGCACAUGCCACCAGACUAGAUCCGUCGAUCAAAACAGAAACCUAGCUCAGCGAAUCCUGCAAGAGAAAGUGGAUGUUUUCUACAAUGGUGAAAACAGUCCUGUUUACAAAGAAAAACAAGAGGCAGAGAAGAGAAAGCAAGCAAGGAAAAAAAGAGCAAAGGAAACCCUAGAGAAAAAGAAAGUCCUGAAAGAACAAUGGGAAUCAAGUAAAAAUGUGCCCGGAGAAAGAACUGCAGAUUCUGAGCAAAAGAACCUGCCAGGUGCCUCCAGGGAUGGCAGCUGUGAGCUCCACCACCAGCGCAGCUGUGAUGGGCUCCAAAGACAGCAAAGUUUCUAA